AUGGCUGUCGACGUUGUAUGGCACGUUCGAGCUCUUCGACCAAUUUAUCGGGUUCAUUUCGAGGUGGGAGACCAUGCCGUGCUAGAGCAACCGAGUGAUGAUGGACAAAUGGACAUCCACAUGGUUACUGUGAGAUCAAUAAUGAACUACAAUGCAGACGAUCAGCUGUUUUGCCUCGAAUCAAUAAACAAACAAGUGUUCUUUUGGUCACAAGAAGAACGAGUUGCAGAUGCUUUACUUCCAAUUUACACUGAAAAUGAUUUCGGAUCAUUAUCUCGCAUUCUUCGUGAGAAUACUGAUCCAACGAUCCAAGCAUGUGCUUCCCGACUUCGUCACGGGAAUUCUCAGUCGCCUGAGGGAGCUCAGUUAAUAACUACCGUUGUCAAUUGGAACAAGAACGAUAGUGGAGCAGCCCAGUUCGCGAUUGCCGCUCAGAACCAUUUCGAACAGCUGAACAACGCCUCAGAUAGCGGGUACACGCCGCUAAUGUGCGCUGUAGCAGACGGAAAUUGGACGGCUACUGUAGCACUACUGUCGUUGGGAGCUCAACGUGACGCUGCAGACGCGAAUGGAAACACUUUGCUGCAUAUAGCUGCUGAGAGAGGUCAUGUGAUGAUACUCGAAGGACUGCUCAUGUUUCUGGGUAAUGAAGUAAAUCGCCCAAAUGCCGAUGGUGACAUGCCAAUGCACCUAGCGGCUCGUGGACAGCAUGCUGCCUGUCUCGAUAGACUGCUCAACACAAAUCACUUGCACAGCAAUAUUCAGGUAUGA